AUGUUGCUCAAACUAGCUGUUAUAGUUGUUCUUAUCAACGCCCUUAGUGCUGCGGACGAACGUCAAAGCCGCGGUGUUCUGAGUCGAAAUCGUGGAACUAAUUUACAAUAUUACCAAUCAGUACCCCAAUGUAUAUGCACCCCAGGUCCCCGAGGAAGUCCUGGUGAUCCGGGUACGCCAGGUGUUAAGGGACCACGUGGUGAUCCUGGCCUAAAAGGACCUAAAGGUCCCCCAGGACCUAUGGGUCCACCUGGGAUACAAGGUUCGCCCGGUCGUGAUGGAGCGCCGGGUGCUCCAGGUUUACCCGGUCCUCGUGGUCGUAGAGGUUUCCCCGGCGGCAGAGGUAUACCCGGUCCUGUCGGCCCACCUGGUCUUCCUGGUCCACCAGGCCCCCAGGGUGAUCCUGGUGUAGCCUCACCAGCCACAACAACCAGUACUACCACCACAACAACUACAACCACAGCCGCACCUGCAGCAGCCCCAGCAGCCAAGAAAUAG